AACCACGAAGACACUCGAGUUUGCCGUCUUACCUAUACAAAGCUCUUUGUUUUCCAAUGUAUCUACUUUUCUACAAAAUUUCAUGGCUUGAUCUAUGAGUUAUGGGUGUCUAUUCUGGAGAAGAAGAUCAUGAUGAUGAACAAAACUCCCUAUCAUAUCCCCAUAUAUCUAUGAUGCUAGGUACCAUGCCUAUCUACUAUACUAAGACUUAGUGA